AUGACAUCAUGACGGUGGCCCCCUCCUGCGCCUCCUGCUCGCUGCGGAAGGUGAACGUGAGGCAGUCGUGAGGAGGCUUGAUCAGACGCAUUUCGUGACUCCGAGCUGAUUUGAUCUGGUACUUGACGGAGCGCAGAUCAAACUCUGCCAGAGACUGAAACACAGAACAGAUGAUCAUAAAGCCUUCCGUCGCUGGGGCACUCGCUCUUAUUUACAGUGUUGGGGAGGAAAUGUAACUAACAGAGCGCUUCCACAUCAGAGAGAUCCACUCAGCCCUCGAUUCUGCUCACUGUAUCUCAAAGGUGACGAAGAAGAGUUUCCAGAUCUGCCUCACACAACUGAUGUAAAGAUGGAGUUUAUUAAAGUGGAGAUUGUGGACAUGAGUGACCCAGAACCGUGCGGAGUGAAAGAUGAAGAACCCGAGGAACAGAGAGACCAGAUCGAGGUGAAAGAGGAAAGAGAAGAACCGAGUGACAUCAAGGAGAACCACUUUAUUGAAACGCCUGAAGAUUUUAAAGUUGGAGAAGAGUCUUUAACUGAAACAACAGAAGCCAAAAAUUCUUUCUCCUGCCCUCAGUGUGAAAAGACCUUCACACAUAAAGGAAACCUUAGGGAUCAUAUAAAAAUUCACAUCGGAGAGAAGCCUUACGCAUGCCGCCUGUGUGGAAAAAGUUUCAUUCACAAAGGACACCUUAAUGAUCACAUGAGGAUUCACACGGGAGAGAAGCCUUACGCGUGCCAACAGUGUGGAAAGAGCUUCACGUGUAAAGGAAGCCUUAAUGGUCACAUGAGAAUUCACACGGGAGAGAAACCGUUCACGUGCCACCUGUGUGGAAAGAGUUUCACAUGUAAAGGAAGCCUUACUUGUCAUGUGCGGAUUCACACCGGAGAGAAGCCUUUCACUUGCCCUCAGUGUGAAAAGAGCUUCUCACAUAAAGGAAGCCUUAAGUGUCACAUGAGGAUUCACAUCGAAGAAGGGCCUUUUGCAUGCAAUCAGUGCGGGAAGAAUUUCACACAGCAAGAAUACCUUAAAAAUCACAUAAAGAUUCACACCGGAGGGAAACCGUUCACGUGCCAUCUGUGUGGAAAGGGUUUAACAUGUAAAGGAAGUCUCAAGUGUCACAUGCGAAUUCACACUGGAGAAAAGCCCUUCACGUGCCUUCAAUGCGGAAAGAGCUUCACAAAUAAGGGAAACCUUAAGAUUCAUGCAAGGAUUCACACCGAAGAGAGCCCAUUGACUUGCCUUCAGUGUGGAAAGUGUUUCACACAUAAAGAAAACCUGAAGUGUCACAUGAGAGUCCACACCGGAGAGAAGCCGUUUACUUGUCAUCAGUGCGGAAAGAGCUUCGCUCGUAAAGUGAUCCUUCAGAACCACAUAAAAACUCACUCUGGAGAGAAGCCUUACACAUGCAACCAGUGCGGAAAGAGUUUCACAGAUAAAGGGUACAUCAAGCGUCACAUGAGAAGUCACACCGGAGAGAAGCCCUUCACAUGCCCUCAAUGUGGAAAGAGUUUCACGCAUAAAGGAAACCUUAAAAUCCACAUCAGAAUUCACACCGGAGAGAAACCCUCCAAGUGUCCUCAAUGCGGAAAGAGCUUCACACAUAAAGGACAGCUUAAGGAUCACAUGAGAAUCCACACCGGAGAAAAGCCCUACACGUGUCCUCAGUGCGGGAAGAGCUUCAAAUGUAAAGGACACCUCAAGACGCACAUAAGAACUCACACCGGAGAGAAGCCUUACACGUGCCGCGAGUGCGGCAAGAGCUUCACAGUUCAGAGAAGCCUGAACAUGCACAUGAAAUAUCAUUCUGGAGAGAAACUGCAUGAGUGCUCUGAGUGCGGCAAGAGGUUUGCAGAGAGCAACACCUUCAAAACACAUUUGCUCAUUCACUCUGAAGAGCGGCCGUUUAGUUGCGAUCAGUGCGGGAAAAAGUUUAUUCUGGCGGCACGAUUAAAAGCACACCUGAAGCUUCAUACGCAUGAGAGACCCUACUUAUGCUCUUUGUGCGGAGAGAGUUUCAAACUGCUCGGAAGCUUAAAAUCGCACCAGAAAAUACACGCCAGUGAGAAAUCGCAUGUGUGUCCUGAGUGCGGUAAGGCCUUUACCAGAGCGACGUACUUGAAACGGCACCAGCGGACCCACGCUGGAGAAAACCCUGGGAAGGGUUCAUUAGUUCAAGAACCCUAAAGCACAAGAAUGCAUACUGGAGAGAAGACAAGCCAAGAAUUGGUGGACUGGCAUUUGACCCGACUGUGUGACCCUACAGUGGACAAACGGUUUGCAAAAUGGAUUUUAAGCACAUCGAUUUAUCCACCACUUCACAUAAUCCAGAGUAGAGCAUUGCAAUGUUUGUCUUUGGUAAUGAGUAAACAGUGUGAGAUUCAGAUGUAGACAAAAGUAGAAUUUCGCCCAAAAUGGUGCUUUUAUCUAAGAGGGGCUAAAUAACCUAAUGGUGAUAUUUCUGCUCUUCAAACAAAUGUAAUGCAAGUCAAAAUACUAGCUAAACAUGCCUUUUAUACCACUAAGACAGUACAGUUUGGCUAAAGAAAAACAUGUUGUGAUUUUGACACACAAUAAAUAUUUAAAGGUGCCAUAUAAUGCAUUGAUACAGUAUUUUAAAUUGCUCUCUGAUAUCUACAUAGAAGGUAUGUGGUUUAGGUAAGGGAAAUAAAUCUCCAGAAAUGGUUUUACAUGUCCAUUUACAACCCUGGGAUUUGUCCCUAGAAUGAAAUGGACUGUUUUUACCUUAUUAGGAAGGGUCAUGAAUAAUAAUGUUGAGCUCUGCUCUGAUUGGCUGUUUCACAGUGCGGCUCAUUCCAGUAGCUCAGACAGCAGGAAGGAAACACAGGGAAAAUAUAUAUUUCAGUACUCUCUCUCGCAGUUAUAUCGUUGGGUCAUUAUACUCACGAUCGCUUUUUACUUUAACUUUGGAGAUUUGCGAUCGCACGUGCUCUUUGUAAACUACAGCGGCAGUACUUACCACACAUUUUACAAGAUCAGAUCAGUGGUGCUCAGGAUCUGUAAAUCAUUCGACAUCAUCCUCAGUCAUCUCUCCUUACUCUGUUUAUGUGGUAAGUGAAAUCUUAUGUACCGUAAUGUAACAGGCUACUGCUAGCAAGCAGCUAACUUGUCCCUUUAGUAGCUCGUGUUAUUUGUUUUCCAUGCCUUUCUGAAUACAGACACCAACCCAUCCCUGCACAGCCUGGAACAUAAUAUUUAUUUCCAUGAUCUGCCAUUUCUGCUAUACUUCUUGUUUCAGUUUUGUUUUGCUGUGCAGGUUCGGCUGGCGGAGGGCAUAGAACAUGGGCGGGUUUAUGCAAAUGUUGGGGGCGUAAGUAUUAGUGAUCCCGACUGCACCGUCACAGUCAGUGUUAUGUUCUGAUUCUCCUAUUUUUCAGUGGUCUUUUGCACGCAUAAGAGGAGGAAACAAUGGUGUUUGAAGCUCACUGUAUGUCAUUUCCAUGUACAGAACUGUUAUUAUUCAACUAUGCCAAGGUAAAUACAGUUUUCCAUUCUAUGGCACCUUUAACAUCCCAUAUUGUUGCUGCUUUAGUAAAAUAUAAAACAACGUUGAAAAUACUGAAAACCCAGUUCUCAUGUUCAGAAGUACAAGAACUGACAAGCAAUUAUUGUUGAUACCCAUAAUUAUAGGAAUAGUUCAUCCAAUAAUGAAAAUAAAAAUUGCUGUUAAUUUAGGUACUCCCAGCCCUUCCAAGAUGAAGGCGAUUUUUUUUUUUUCUUCAGUAGAACAGUAAAGAAGAUUUUUAGCUAAAACCGUGGUUUUUGGUGAUUCAUAAAAUACAGGUGCUGGUCAUAUAAUUAGAAUA